UAAUAUUUAAAUUUGUGUUUGGACAUUUUGAUGAUUUUGAAAAAUGUAAUUUAUUAAAAGCACAUAGUAUGAUCCAAAAUUUGACCCAUUUCCAAGCUCAGCUUCCCCGAAAAAAUGCGUAGAAAACUCGUUGAUAACUUGCGGCUAAGUUGCGAUGCACAGGCGGUUAAGUUCUGUGGUCGCAAUUCGGAUAUAAAAAGCAACUUUCGUCAGUAUCAGUCAAGUCAGUUACGCUUUACAAACUCUUCAAUGACGACCUCGAGUGCAAUAGAGUGGGAUAUCAUGACGGAGGCAUCAAACUUGCUGGCGCUGCUGCAGCGUCCUUUGGAACCCACGUUCCUGCCGAAAAACGACGGCAAAACCGUGAUCGAUGUUCCGGACGAUUUCCUGACCGAUCGGUACCGCCCAAUCGGAGCGGAUCUUCAAUCCCGUUUUUCGAACGAUGCUGAACAAAGAAUUCCGGUCCGAAGUGUUUCCCCACCGGAUCUAUCGUUUGCCGACGGAAUCGAUCGCCGUGGUGCGUUCUCGUUGUUCAUUCUAAAACAUCGGGAUGCGGCGGCUGCGUUGAUCAACUUGUUCAUGAGCCAACCGGAUGUGCAGUCGUUGAUGAGCGUUGCGACGUUUUGCCGUGAUCGUUUGAACCCAGUGUUGUUCCAGUAUGGGCUGGCGGUUGCCAUUCAGCAUCGUCCAGACACCAAGGAUGUGAACAUUCCCUCGAUUGUGUCGCUGUUUCCGGAUCAGUUUGUCGAUCCGGCGGUGUUUCCGAAGCUUCGUGAAGAAGGGUCGGUGGUUCAACAGGCUAAUCGGAUGGUAAUCGACAUCAAGCAAAACUUCACUGCAUCUGAUCGUGAAGAGGAACAACGAAUGGCGUACUUCCGAGAGGACAUCGGCGUUAACAUGCAUCACUGGCAUUGGCAUUUGGUGUACCCGGGAGAUGGUCCAGACAGUGUUGUCAAGAAGGAUCGACGUGGAGAGUUGUUCUUCUACAUGCACAGUCAGCUGAUCGCUCGGUACAACAUGGAUCGUUUCUGCAAUCAGCUGGCCAGUGUAAAGAACUUUACGAACUUUCGUGAAACGAUCCCGGAAGCUUACUUCCCGAAGAUGCUCCGUAGCUCGAACAACCGGUCGUAUCCGGGUAGACAUCGUAACAUUGCGUUGCAAGACGUGAACCGUAUCGACAAUGGAACGAUCGUGCAAGUGAACGAUCUGGAGCGUUGGCGUGAUCGUAUUCUGGAAGCUAUCGAUCAAGGAUUCGUACUGGAUAACAGCGGCAAUCGAAUCCCGUUGGAUGAGCAGAAGGGUAUCGAUGUCCUGGGAGAUGUUGUUGAGGCUUCAAAGCUGUCGCCAAACCAGCGUUUGUACGGAAGUCUGCACAACAUGGGACACAACCUGAUUGCGUACAUCCACGACCCGGACUAUCGCUACCUGGAGGACUAUGGCGUGAUGGGCGACGUCACGACUGCUAUGCGUGAUCCGUUCUUCUACCGUUGGCACGGAAUGAUCGAUGGAAUAUUCCGACGUUUUAAGGACCAACUGACCCCCUAUCCCGCUGAUCAGCUGCAAUUCCCCGGCGUGACCGUCAAUUCCGUUUCGGUACAGCUCGCCCGAGCCAACACUCCGGCCAACGUCCUGCUGACGUACUGGCAGAAAUCUCAAGUUGACCUCGCUUCCGGUCUGGACUUUGGACCCGAGGGUAACGUCUUCGCAUCGUUCACGCAUCUGCAGCACGCGCCGUUUUCGUUCCGCGUCGAAGUCAACAACGACUCGGGUGCGGUCAAACAAGGAACUCUUCGGAUCUGGCUCGCUCCCAAGGUAGACGAACGUGGCACUCCAUUGACAUUCCGCGAGCAGCGACAGUACUUCACCGAAAUGGAUACCUCAACCGUGACUUUGAACCCCGGCGUGAACACGAUCGUGCGUCGCUCUGAUCAAUCUAGCGUUACGAUCCCGUACGAGCGAACCUUCCGAGCCGUUGGUACCGCUGCCACACCCAAGGAUGAGAACGCGCUCGCCCAAUUCCGGUUCUGCGGCUGUGGUUGGCCACAGCACAUGCUCGUGCCGAAGGGAGCCCCUGGACCCGGUGUCCAGUUUGACAUCUUCGCCAUGGUUUCGGACUUUAGCCAGGAUACCGUAAACCAGGAAUUUGAUCCUAAUGCACCAUGCAACGAUUCGCACUCGUUCUGUGGCCUGCGGGACAAGCUAUACCCGGACAAACGCGCCAUGGGCUAUCCGUUCGAUCGCUCGACGCCGGCGACCAUCGCCACCCUGCAGGACUUUAUCAGUCCCAACUCGAACAUGAAGACCAACACGGUGCAGAUCAAGUUCAGCAACACCGUGAUUGCUCGAUAUCUAAACUCGUCCAACUGCUGUAGUAGUAGAACUAAAACCUUCACCAUGACCGACAAAAGCGCUUUGCUAUUGUUGCUUCAGCGCCCUCUGGAGCCAGCCUUCUUACCCAAGGACGAUGGCAAAUCGGUGCUAAUCAUCCCGGAGGAGUACAUGAGUGAUCGCUACCGGCCACUAACGGAGGACAUUCAGACGCGCUUCUCCGGUGGAACCGAACAGGAGGUCCCGGUACGGAAGGUUGCCGUCCCUGAUGUUUCGUGGGCCGAGGUGAUUGACCGGAGGGGUGCAUUCUCUUUGUUUAUUGAGAAGCACCGUGACAUUGCAGGUCGGUUGAUCGACCUGUUCAUUGCGCAACCGGAUGCAAGCACGCUGAUGGGUGUGGGAACUGCCCUUAGGGAUCGGCUCAAUCCUAACUUGUUUCAGUACGCGAUGACGGUUGCGAUCCAGCAUCGCCCAGAUACGAAGGAUUUGCCCAUUCCGAGCAUCAUCCAGCUGUUCCCGGACCAGUUUGUGGAUCCUUCUAUUUUCCCUCAGCUGCGUGAGGAGGGUAGCAUUGUGCAGCAGGAAAAGCGAACCACGAUUGACAUCAAGCCCAACUACACGGCCUCGGACCGUGAGCCGGAACAACGCAUGGCGUACUUCCGCGAGGACAUUGGCGUCAACAUGCACCACUGGCACUGGCAUUUGGUGUACCCGGGUGGAGCUUCCCGGGAGGUCGUGGCGAAGGAUCGCCGCGGUGAGCUGUUCUACUACAUGCACAGCCAGGUGAUCGCUCGGUACAACAUUGAUCGGUUCUGUAAUCGUUUGGGGCGCUGUCGUCCGCUUACCAACUACCGGGAAGCGAUUCCCGAGGCUUACUUCCCCAAGAUGGUGCGCAGUUCGAGCAAUCGUGCUUAUCCGGCUCGUGCUGCCGAUACGUUCCUGAAGGACGUCAACAGAACGGACAACGAUACGGUGGUUACGGUGAAUGAUUUACAGCGGUGGACCGAUCGUAUUCACCAGGCGAUCGAUCAAGGAUUUGUCAUUGAUACAACUGGCAAAAACAUCCCACUGGACGACGUGAAAGGAAUUGACAUUCUUGGGGACAUUGUGGAGGCGUCAACGCUGACGGUCAACCGAAAAUUGUACGGAAGUCUGCACAACUUUGGUCACGACAUUUUGGCUUACAUUCACGAUCCGGAGUACCGUUACCUGGAAGACUUUGGAGUAAUGGGUGACGUCACGACGGCCAUGCGUGAUCCCGUGUUCUACCGCUGGCACAGCAACAUCGACGGUAUCUUCCGCAAGUUCGUGGAGACGUUGGAGCCGUACACCUCGCGACAGCUGGGCUUCACGGGUAUUCGAGUCAACAGCAUCAACGCACGCAUCAACCGGCCAAACGCCCCGGCAAAUGUUCUUCUGACUUACUGGCAAAAAUCCCAGGUGGAUCUGGCCGCCGGGUUGGACUUUGGACCUAGGGGAAACGUGUUUGCUAGCUUCACCCAUCUUCAGCAUGCUCCGUUUACUUAUGAAAUCAAAGUUACCAACAGCAGUGGAUCGCCGAAGCGGGGAACUGCCCGAAUCUUCCUAGCUCCGAAGGUUGACGAACGUGGAACCAACCUGAAGUUCAACGAGCAACGCACGCUGUAUAUCGAGAUGGACAAGUUUGGUGUCAACUUACGCCCUGGCGAGAACACAAUCACCCGUAAGUCGGAACAAUCAACCGUAACGACCCCGUACGAACGAACCUUCCGUAGGAUUGGCACGGCACAGACGCCAACUACGGCCAAGGAUCUGGAGGCGUUCCGAUUCUGUGGUUGUGGCUGGCCAAACCAUAUGCUGCUGCCAAAGGGAGCCCCCGAAGGUGUUCAGUUCGAUCUGUACGUGAUGAUUUCGGACUAUACUGACGAUUCGGUAAACCUGGAGUUUGACGAAAACGUUGACUGCAGCGAUGCCCACUCGUUCUGUGGACUUCGGGACAAAAAGUAUCCGGACAAGCGCCCGAUGGGAUUCCCGUUCGAUCGUCGGACGCCGGCUAGCAUCGCGACGCUGGGCCAGUUUAUUGGAACCAACACCAACAUGGCGUCCAACUCGGUGACGAUCAGGUUCACCAACACCGUCAUUGCGAGGACUUGAACUGACUAUGAAAGGCAACAUGAUUGAACCGUGAUACACUUCCAGGACAAAUAAAACACACAAUUUACUUGCAAGACCA